UGGUUCUAGCGGUCGAGAAAAGAGUACUUCGUGAUAAAAAAAAUUCAUACUGUUGGUUCAACUGAAGUUUUUGGUCAUAUAAAUCAGUGUACUAUUCGUAUUGAUUGUUCUUCUAUAAUUAACAGAAAAAAAGGUAUUAUUGAUCAAUUAUUGUUUCCUAAUGGACGCGGAUAAUCUUAUCAUAGAAGAUGGCGAACCGACGCAAUCACCAGUGGUCGGGGCGCCAUCCAUCGUUGAAAAACAGAAACCGGCUAGCGUUGACGGAAACGUCAAAAAGAAAAGGAGACGCGCGAAUACCAAACGUAAAGUUAUGACGCCUUUUGUAAAAGCUCCUUGGCGUGAUAGGAGGAGAAACGAAAAACCUAAAAGAAAUAAUCGCUUUCGUAAAAUUGUUUUGACGAAAACUCAUGCCCCGUUCAACAAUAAUCAAUUUUUGAUGGAAAUUCACAAACCUGAACCCGAAAAUGCGUUCAAUAUACUUCAGACGCCUUCAGCACGCACUCGUGAUUCCAGUUUUAGUGUAGAUUCAGAUGAUAACUAUUUUUAUGCUCUGCCUGAAGACGAAGAAGAAUAUUUGACAAAAGAAUUUUCAAGCGUGUAUGAGGAUGCGCAAUGUGAGCGUCUAUCAAAUAUGACAAAAAACGAACUUAUACAAGAAUAUCUUCUGUUAGAGGCAAAGUUUGAAAACCUUGUAAAAAGGACUGAGCGCUCGAAGAUGAAACGAAUGGAGGAAGAUAAAGACAAUAGCACUGACAGAGAUGCGUCGAUUGCAGAUAAAGAUAGUAUGGUGACUGACAGAGAUACAUCUGAGACUUCUGUUGAAACAUUUACCGCAGAGGAUCCGCCUUCAAACGAAAUCUGGCAACGCCUUAAAGACCAAGAAGAUCAAAUAAGAGAGUUGCAAAUCUCAAAUGAAAAGCUUUUAUUGGAAAAUGAACAUUUAAGACAAAGGCAACAUAACUCUAGUGAGGAUUCUGAAAGUGACAGUUCAUCUACAAGUGAUAGUAAUAGUUCAAGUGGAAGUGAAAAAGUUGUGGAUGAACCAGUGGUCCAAAAUGAACCUGUCAAUGAUAUCGCUCAACCAAAUGGAUGCCAAGAAUUUGAAAUCCUAGAAAAUCCAAUUCCCCUUGUGAAUGGGUUCCAUACUAAGGAUUAGUUUCCACACAUUUGUGUGAGUGUGUGUGUGUUAAAAAUGUAAAUAUUAAGUGUUUAAACUCUUUAUGUUAUAAGCAUAUGUUAUUCAUUUCUUUAUAACUUGAUUGAAAUUUUAAUUGUGUUAUUUUAUGCUUAAAAUUUGUACUAAUUUUGCAUUUAAUUAUAUUUUCAAAUCAUAAAAGUGCACAAUUAACACUGGAAAUGUAAACCUUAAAUUCCAAGACAGAUUAGUUUCACACAAGUCUGCAAUAACUCUGUAGAUGUUUGUAUUUUAAUUAUUUGAUCUCACUUUUAUGUGAUUGUAGGGAUUGUGAAUGUAAUUUAUAUUGAGAAAAAUAAGUAAAUAUAUGGCAUUGAGAGAAUUGGAACACAAAUUAAUCCAAGUAAAGAAACACAAUGCAUUAGGAAAAAUGUAUUUGAGAAACUUAAACAUAAAAGGCUUUCUAUUUCUGCCUGUAGUAUUAUUUGAAACUUAAUUUUAAUUGAAUAUUAGGACUAAUUCUUACUCUGCCAAUCCAUCCUACAGUUUCGAGAUGUAAGGCAGUCAGAUGUGUGAAUCAAGCUAAAUGAUCUAAAACAUGGAUUCAUGUUAUACUUAUAAACUUGCUUAAUGGGG